UCACUUUGUGGACGGGAUAGCAAGCUCAGCCACGGAGGUCUACCCCAGGUUCUACUCUGUGGACACCACUGAGACUUUGAGCGCUAAGAUGUUUCCUUCAGUGCCCUUUGUUCCUGCCUCCAUGGCUUCUCAGGAACUCUCAACAACCACCUCAACGACUACGACUACCACGGUUACCACCAAUACCACUACCACAAUGACAAGUGGCUUCAACCUGUAUGUGAGACCACCUGCAUCACCCUGGAUGAAUAACACUGGCUUGAUCAAUGUGGCUUCAAUGCCUGCUACCAUGACUGUGAACUCAAUAGUCACUCCUGUGAUGACAUAUGGUCCUCUGGAUAGCAUGGCAAACAAUUGGAACUAUCAGCUACAAGAACAAGAAAAACACUAUUUUUAUCAGGCCCACCAAUUCAAUGUUUGGAACCAGGCACUGAUUGAGUCUGGUAAUGAGAUUGCUCUUUUGUACAACGAAGUGGAAAGAGUGAAAAUGGAUCAGAGCAGGUUGGAACAAGAAUUGGAUAUUAUCCUGUUCCAGCAGAAGGAACUGGAACUUAUGUUGACUCCUAUAGAGCAGAUUUUGAAGGAGCAGAAUGGUCCUCUUAAUAUGAUGUAUGUGAAUAAGGAGUAUGAGAUGAUUUACAGAUUGGCAGAAAUUAUAGAUGCUGAGCUGAAAAGGAUGUCUCAAGAUCUCAAGGACAUCAUUACUUACCUGAAUUCACUGGUGCAUCCGGCUGAUGCUACUGAACCGCUGGAACAGAUCUGCAAAAUUCUGAAUGCUCAUAUGGAAUCUCUGCAGUGGAUUACUCAGAAUUCAGGCAUGAUGCAGAAGAAGGUAGAAGAGGUCGCAUACGCGUUUGAGCAGUUCCGUCGCAGGGAGCAAGAUGCUCCGAAGUUUGCCUUUGAAUAACCAUCACUCCAAAUUGCUCCUUUCGGAUUCUUCAUUAACCCCGGAUUCUGAGGAUAUUAAAUAGAGUAGUAUUUUCUGUUACUACUUCAUCUUUAAUUGCAAUGAUUGGUGCAUGUGUUUAUUUUUCAUUUAAAUAGCCUGAAGAGAAGGAUACACUUUUUUCUUUCAGAAUGGAAUAGAAUCUGGACACAGUGAUAGUGAUGCUUACCCAGAAAUCAAGUAACCACCUUGCCCAGGCAGUUUCACUGGUGUUGAUUUUGUGUGUAUAAUCUCUGUCUUACUUAGAUUCUACAUACUGUCACCAGUAGACACCAACUUCUCACUGCAGCUUAAUAGUGGGCACAGUUGUUUGCCAAAAUGCACAUGUCACCCAGUCUUUACUAGGUGUUUGUGGCCAUUCACAGAAAGUACUGGAUCCCGUAAAGUCUUGAGUGAAAUUUACUAUCUUCUCUGAGAUAUAAUUUUACCUGUUAAGGGCAAGAUGGUCAAUGAAAAGGAAGUGUAUCAUAAAUUACAGCAAGUAUCUGUCAGGAAUUCGCAGACUGUAAUAUGGUUUUGAUGGAUUAGAGAUUUAAUUAGGGCUUUUAUUUUUCUUAUGGUACUAGAGAUCAAACCAUGUGCCACACUCUUGGAUAAUAUACCCAGCACUGAAUUAUGGGUAAGGUCCAGUGAUUUACUUACUUUUGAUAAUAUACAGAUACCUCAGUACAUUUGUUUUUAAAUCAAGACCUCACUGUCGCCUACGCUGGCUUCAAACUUGCAAUCCUCCUGCCUCAAUUUUCCAAGUGUCACCAUAUCUAUGUGUCCUGAUGAUUUUUAUCAUUUGUUUUGUUUUAGCCUAUGAUUUAGACCUGUUUGGUGUAGUUUUCUGUCUUUCAAGAAAAAAAGCCUUCUUAGCUCUAAAGCAUCUUCAUCUCUUGUAUUUCACCCCACUCGCUAAUAAUAUGAUGUCCUAAAAAAAUAAAAAUA